CUAUGGUUUAAUUAUAAUAUUUCCAGAAGAUUGUGCAACUCCUCCUCUGAAUGGUUCGCACCUACUUUUCUAAGCAGCAACGCUGCUCUGCUAUAUCUUCAAUAUUAUCGGAUUCGAAGGAAUCAAUCAACGAUGAUUAUGAUUUCGGUUCCCCUUCUUCAUCGCUGUUGUGUUCUGAGUCUUCUGUGAAUUGCACCCCUUUUCUUAUACCACCCUCAUCUUGCACUAAAGUCAAUAUAGACAAGGUUGAUGACUCGGUCGUACAGACACCUAAAAGUGGGUACGAUGAGGUCCCCUCAUCAUAUGAACGUCCUCCUUCCGUUGUCAGUGACAGUUUGGAUUCGCAAGUUCACCAGGAAAUCUCCGAACAGGAAAUGACAUCUCCUAAGAGAAAAUAUAAGAAGAAACGUCGAGCCGUGACACUUCGAUCUCGCAGUCGUAGGAGUGGUAACAAAGAGGUGGAAGCAGACAUAGGGCCUCGGAGUAAUGAUGCCACCCACACGCCAUUGGCAACUCGCAGAUCCACUCGGAUUGCGCACGAUGAAGAAACAAUUUCGGCGUCCGAUCGUGAUGCAUUUACACACAUAUCAUCGUUUGUCAGAUCAUCUCGGUAUGGUCAAUACAAUCAGAAAUUCAAGCUGUUCUGGUUGCCAGAUACGGAAGCCAGCAGCCUUAUGCGCAUUCCAAGCAUAGCUCAACUUUCCAAAGCACGCGAACGAACUGCCGAGCUGCUUUACAUUGUCUUCACACCGGGAGGUAUCGACAUUUUACAGGAUGUUAGCGACAUCAUCGGUGUGGAACGACGUCCUUUCCAUACACCAUUUGUAAAGUUGUAUUCUUACAGCUUAAAAAGCAUGUAUUUUAAGGUUGUUGGCCAUGUAAUUAAUCAUUGCAGCACUGUGAAAUUUGAUGAGGAUGCUUUUCACGCGAAGGUUACUGAUGAAAAUGAGCGAACAAAUCGUCGAACUACCCGUAGAGCGCCAGUAGAUACGGCUGAUUUAGGUUAUUCAUUUUAUCGCAGUUAUUUAUAUGGUGUCGAUGACGAUCAAAAUGCUAUGCGUGUUAGACUAUCGUUGCACAAGAUCACAGACAACGGCUUAGAUAAGCGUGAUGAAUCUUUAGAGGUAUUUGCUGACAAUAAUUCACGUAAACAAUUGGCAAAUGGGUUAUCACAUAAUAGGACCAAUGCUACGAAUGGUGGUAAAUUUGUUCGACAUACCACUUCAACUACCAGUUCAGUAGACUCGACUUAUGACAGCCCCUCUGUACCUUCGAUGGAUCUUCUAAAUUUUGAUGGUGGCGUUUCGUAUGAAGAUACUACUACUAAAGUUGCUAGUUCUCCUAAUACACAGCGCGUGGAUGGUCGCCGAAAACGUGCAGGUUGGGAGUAUGAACACGUGGUUGACUACAAUAAUGAUCGACCCAUGCAUGGAUUAUCUACUUUACUUUGGACUGAAUUGAAGAGCUUGAUCGGUACAACAGACACGACCCAAUCUCGCCUAUGCAGCGAUUCAACGGUUAAUUGUAGAAUGGAAGCAAUGAUCAAGCGAAAUUUCGAAGUAUACGAUUCGCGGCAAAAGUUGCUUACUAAUGAUGUGAACAACGAUUUGUUCCCUGUUUUGGAAACUAAUGUCAGUUCCAAGGCAAUGUUCCAAAUAGGAACCCGUAUAGUUAACGCAGGUGACAUCUUGAUAAUUAGGUUUCCUUCUCAUUAUAGGGGACACCCUGAGGAAGAUACAGUAAAGAUCUACGGUACUGAUACCAUCAGUCGUUUUUUCGAGAAGUUCACAAACUCCAGAGAAGAAGAACCCGUAGAUAUUACUAUUGCUAUUGCUCGAUAUUGCCCAACUGUAUUUUGGAACCUAGUUCUCACUGGUGACUAUGAAGGAUCUCUACGCACUCUAGUACCACAUUUGUUUUUAACUAGGUCUAAGCGCCGAAGAACAAUCGUCAAUCGGGAUAAUACCGCAGUUAACAACAAAGCUAGCGUAUCCCUCGGAAAGUCGAAAGAUACGUCAAUAUUCGACAAUAAUUUUGUCAUGAUGCAGAAUUUAUUUGAGAAAGAUGCUCAAAUAAAGGUUGAUUUGAUUAAAAAAGCACGUCUUAAUCAACGAAUGCCUAGUUGGAAACCAACACGUCAGCUUAUAAGCAAACGAUUGAACGACGGGGAGUUAAUUUCGAUCAUGAUGGAUGAAAAUGGGCUGUUGCUCCGGGAUAUUUCUGUAUUGUCAGAUGCUCAGAAAAUGGUUAUAUAUCGUGAGCAUCUAAAGCGAGGAUUUUAUGCUCCCGUUCGCUUAGAUUAUCUCCCCCCCAAAGGCCGCGCUGUGUUUUCGGCAUGUGAUAUAAGAAAAGACGAAUUCGUAGUUGAGUACAAAGGUCACAUAAUCACAGAAAAGGCAGCAAAAUUAAGAGAGCUUAAAUAUGAUGCAUCAAGGUCUGACAAAGGGUCAUAUGUUUUUCAUUUCCAGGUUAACGGCAAGAAGUAUGGCAUAGAUGCCACUGAGGAGAACAUAAAAUUUGGACCUGCCAGAUUAAUCAACCAUUCACGGAAGAACCCUAAUGUAGUGCCUAAAGCAAUGGAAAUAAAUGGAUGUCCACGAUUAUUUUUUGUGGCUAAGCGUAAUAUACAGAGCGGAGAAGAGCUCCUUAUUGACUACGGGGAGCGUGAUCCUCGUAUUAUUAAGGUUAAUCCAUGGCUACUCGAGUAGACAUGGAUUAUUCACUUUAUAUAAUAUCAG